CGCCCGCCUUUUGUUCUUUUCUUCCCUCUUCCCUCUUUUUCAACUUUGCCUCGAGUCAUUUGGUUGAGAUUGUCCAUCUUUCUUGUCUAUCUAUUUCUUCUUCGAGGCGCGCAGCGGUGCGUGCUAAUUCUUUGGAUCAAUCGUUUCGACUUUGUUCUUCUUCUUUUUUCAGUCCUCAUUUUGCUGCUUCCUAGACGAACCGAUACUGUUCCAAUCCCACCACCACUUAUAGAAAUCCCAUCCCCUUCACUCCAUCCGCCAUGGCCACGCUCCUCAAGCGCAAGCGCUCCGCCGCAGAGCUCUGCCCGCCCAACUCUAUGAUGGACGCUUCCGUGCCGGCGACCCUGCACAGCCGCACCCUCAAGCGCUACCGCGACAACAGGCCGUCGGACGACGAGGUCCAUCGUAAGUUCUACGAAUGGCGCGCCCACCACCAUCUGAGCAUCCCCAACUCAUCAUCUUGCGCGCCCGCAGAGCACACCCUGGGCCUGCUGUACUCGGCUCAGCAGCGGCCCCAGCAGUUCCCUCCACAGGAAGCCCCGAUUGCUGCCGCGCCGGAGCAGCCCGUCGUUGCGUCGUCGUCGUCGUCGUUGUUGAACAGCCAGCAGUCGCUGCAUCGCUUCUGGAGCAUCGGCUCCGAGCCCAGCUCGGCCAGCUCGUCGCCCGGCAUCGAGACGCCCCCCGUGCUGCUGCCGACCGAGUGCGACGACUGCGGCAGUGCCCUCCUCGCCGGCGGGAGCGACGCCGACGAGAUGGACGUGGAUUGCGGCAAUGCCGCCGAGGACACGGCCUGUGGCGCCUGCGGCAAGCACGUCUGCUUCAGCUGCUCGGUGAGCAAUCUCGGCGAGCAGAAGCGCUGCCUGCAGUGCGCGGGACGGAGAGUCUGGAUUGGCGGCAUUGGCUGGACCGAUGCUGGCGGCGUUUCGGUCUGCUGAAGCACGCUGAGCUCCCCAAUUAGCAUCAUGAUUUAUUUACAUGUUUCUUCGUUACGCUUCUAUAAACGAGCCUUGGAGCCGCGUAUUGCUUGGUUAUGAUUUGGGUUUGGCUGGCGUUAUGGAGGAAAAUGUGUUGCCAGCGUUUGGCUGUAUUGCUGGUAUGCUUAGCGAGCAUCAAUGUAAACGUGUACAAUGAGCUUUUUGAAUAACACAUGUGCAUCGGUUUGGCUUUUAUUGGAC